AAUUCUUAGGGCUUCCGCGUCUCUCUUGCUCUCUCUCAAAUCACGUUCAUUAGGGUUCUCUCAGACUCGGUAUCGUCACCGUCUUCGCCCCCUGCGAAGCUCAGUUCGAAGAUGUUCACGGCGGAUAUACCACCGAAUCAGUCAAUCUACAUCAAAAACCUCAAUGAGAGAAUCAAAAAAGAAGAAUUGAAGAGAUCUCUUUACUGUUUGUUCUCACAGUUUGGGAGGAUACUUGAUGUGGUUGCUUUGAAGACUCCUAAGCUACGUGGUCAAGCUUGGGUCGCCUUUAGUGACGUCACUGCUGCUACUAAUGCCGUUCGCCAGAUGCAGAACUUCCCUUUCUAUGAUAAGCCUAUGGUCUGUCUGUCUCAAGUUUUUUUAUUGCCUCUUUCUGGUCGCAUACAGUUCGCAAAAGAAAAGUCAGAUUGUAUUGCUAAAGAGGAAGGAACUUUCGUUCCCAAUGAUAAGAAGAGGAAGAAACAUGAGAAAGCUGAAAGAAAGCGUGAAGAAACCCAACGACCAAACACAGCUAAUGGCCCAACUCCACAGAACGGAGCCCCUGCGCCAUCAUCGUACAAGCCUAGCGGACAAGAAGCGAUGCCACCAAACAACAUACUCUUCAUUCAGAAUCUUCCGCACGAUACAACAACCGCUAUGCUCGAGUUUCUCUUCCGUCAGUAUCCUGGAUUCAAGGAGAUAAGAAUGGUCGCCGCUAAACCAGGGAUUGCAUUUGCGGAGUUCGAAGACGAUGUUAAAUCUUCCAUGGCAAUGCGUGGUCUUCAGGACUUCAAAAUCACUCCCCAGUAUCCCAUGCUCAUCUCUUUUGCCAAGAAAUGAAGGAGAGAAAUGCUUGUGUUUGUUUUGUCUUUUAAGAUGAUGACAAUGAGACUGUUAGUGUGUAUAACCGACGGUUUAAUGUUUUAGUUCGAUUGACUCCGGUUUGGUUUUA